AUGUUGGAAGACGGAAAUCGCGUCAAGACAUGGCGAUUCAACAAGAACCUUAAUCAGCCACUGGCGGAGGUCAUCAUGCGAAAAAUUACGCCCUACAUAGACAUGAGAGUCAAGGUAGUCUACAGUUUUGCUUGCACCAUCUACGAAGCAGGAGGUGGCACGGCUCCGUAUCACAAGAGCAAGGGAAGCGAAGGAUCGCUUACGAGCCUAGCUGACAUCGAAGCCUUUAUCGAAAAAUGCGAAAUGCAGGAGCCCUUGUUAGGUUGUGGACCUUUACCAGACUGGUUGCGGGGGAAAAGGUGCAUCUACAGCUUUGACAAGGAGGAUGAAAGAACCGACAAUUUGUGUAUCUGGAGAUACCUGGUCGUACACUCACGUGAAGAUAAGAAGCAAAAAGAAAAGUACAUUACUCGGCCAGCUCUCGCACUAGCACGCGAGUACUACAACAAUCCCAAACUAAAGAGGGAAGAAGUACGUGCUACGAAGCUCGUUGACUUUGAGGGGAUAGCGAAGCGUUUCAAGAUUAACAUCAGGGUCUUUGAACCCAAGACCAACUCUGAGAAAGCGCCAUGGAGACUCGUGUACGGUCAGAAUCAAAACAAAAAAGAUUUAGACACGAUCAACCUCGGCAUGCUGGAUGGGCACUGUUUCUACAUUAAAAAGAUAGAUGUUUUAACGCAACACUGGGAAUGCGAAGCCUGCAAACAGCGAUUCAACAGAGCUGAAAACCUAACAAGACACAAAAAGAACGAGUGCGAGGGAAAAAAGCCGACUAUCAUCUGCAAAGACGGCUAUGAACCUCAGACCAGGACAGUCUAUGAGUACCACGGCUGCAAGUGGCACAGAUGCCCCUGUCAAGGAACAAACACGAAUAAAUAUCGAUAUACGGCCACCAAGUCUAAGGAGGAAGGCAUCCGAAAACUUGGCUACAACCUCGUGACAGUGUGGGAGUGUGAGAGCCCACCCAAAGCCAGGAGGUACGUCAAGAAAAAAUUUCGACCCUACCCUCACUACAUCGUGUUUGAUUUCGAGGCCCUCAUGCUCCCUCUGAAUCAGCGGCAAACAUCCGAUCUAACAUACAUCUCGGAGCAUGUACCGGUCAGCGUCGCCAUUCACGAUAGUCUGAACUGGGAUCCAACGUUCCUGGAGCACGAUGAUCCCAAGAUCUUGGUUGAACGAUUUGCGGAGCAGCUCGAAAAGAGACACGCCAUCAUCGUGAAAUAUGUGGAGAGAAUGUACCCGAGACCUGAUGAUUUUGACAUGCUUCCAGACAAGACUCAGAAGGCAUGGAACGAGGGGGUAAACCAAGUGGCCGUGAUUGGCUUCAACAGUGGUAAGUAUGACCUGAACAUGAUCAAGCGGUACUUUGUCGAUCAAAUUGUCAGAGACGAUAGCGAAAAGAUCAACGUGGCGAAGAAAGACAACGACUACAUGUUCCUCACGACCUCAAGGUUCAAAUUUCUCGAUAUCAAAAAUUUUCUCGCUCCUGGUCUGAGCUACGACCGAUGGUGCAAGUCUCUGGAUUGCAAGCUCGAAAAGCUAGUGUUCCCAUACGAGUGGCUGACAAGCUAUGACAAGCUAACCCACGUCGGACCCGUGGCGUACGAACACUUCUAUAGCAGUCUUAGUGGGAAAAACGCCCUCUCUCUUGAUGGGCACGAAACAUUCCGUGCAGAGUUUUACAAGCGAGGCUGCGUCACCAUGAUGGACUGGUUGCGUGAGUACAAUUUAGCCGAUGUGGAACCCUUCAUCGAAGCCGUGGACAAGACAAGGCUGCAGUACUACGACGACGAGAUAGAUAUUUUAAAAGACGCGGUAAGCAUUCCAGGCGUAUCGAUGCGCUACGUCUUGAACAAGUCUCUACGAUUGAAUCCAAAGCUAGAGCUAUACACACCAGGAGAACCAUGCAAGCACAAGUGUAAGGUAGACUGCUACCAGCGGUCUUGCAAGGCGUGCAAAAAGGUGCAAAAGGCUUGCACUGAGUGCACGAAGAAUGAGGCGUAUGAACUGCUUCAAACGGGCAUGGUGGGAGGGCCUGCCAUCGUGUUCUGUAGGUAUCACGAGAGAGACGUGACGGGUAUUAGAUCUCACAUCUAUGGUCGAAACAGUAAAAAGUGCAAAACCAUUCUUGGAUAUGACGCGAACAUGCUGUACCCGAGUACGUUGAUAUUUUACUUUCCUUGUGGGAAGGAGAGGCUGAUCAAGAUCAAAUCACCCACGGCUGAGCACGAGAUCAGACUGUUGGCAGAAGGGGUGCAGGGCGACAGCUUAUUCGGUUUUGCGCAGGUCGACAUCGAAGUGCCGAAGGAGCUGUAUGACAAAUUCAGUGAGAUGGCUCCACUGUUUGUCGUGAAAGAGAUACCCGACGAUCAAAUCCCUGAGCACAUGCACAAGUACCUAAAAGCAACAGGGCGAAAGCGUGUUCGAGGUACGCGUAAGCUUCUAGGGUUGAUGAAAGCUAAAAAGAUCUUGUUGUACACUCCGGUGCUAAAGUGGUACCUCGACCACGGCCUGCAGGUGACAGCAUUUUACCAGUUCAUCGAGUAUGAACGAGGUAAACCGUUUUCGUGGUUUCCGGAAGAAAUUGCGGAUGCACGACGACAAGCCGAUAAAGACCCAGACAAGCGUAUUGCGGGAGAUACAGCCAAACAGAAAGGGAACUCGUUCCAUGGGAAAACGAUCGAGGAUUAA